GUUACCCGGUCUCUCUCGCGAUGAGAAGUGCAGCCUUCUCCAGUGCUUGUGCUGCAGCGGAUGUUGUUGUUAUUCUGUGGUGGUGGUCGGUGAAACUUGUGAUCCCUGUUUGAAAUUAUAAUUGUUUUCUGCUUGUAAUUUUGCUCUUGUCAUUGGGGCUUUUUCUCUCGGCGCUUCGCCUGCGCAGCGUAGCGUAGGGAACUGAUGAUGGCGGACUUUGAUGAGAUCUACGAGGAGGAAGAGGACGAGGAGAGGGCCGUGGAGGAACAACUGCUCAAGUACUCUCCGGACCCGGUGGUGGUGCGCGGAUCCGGCCACGUCACAGUGUUUGGACUAAGCAACAAAUUUGAGUCGGAGUUUCCCUCAUCAUUAACCGGAAAGGUUGCUCCAGAGGAGUUCAAAGCCAGCAUUAACAGGGUUAAUAGCUGCUUAAAAAAGAACCUUCCUGUCAAUGUGCGGUGGCUGCUUUGUGGCUGCCUUUGCUGCUGCUGCACUCUAGGCUGCAGUAUGUGGCCUGUCGUUUGUCUCACCAAAAGGACACGAAGAUCGAUCGAGAAGUUGUUAGACUGGGAAAACAAUAGGUUAUACCACAAGCUGUGCUUGCACUGGAGGCUGAGCAAAAGGAAAUGCGAAAGGAAUAACAUGAUGGAAUAUGUCAUCCUAAUAGAAUUUUUACCGAAGACCCCAAUCUUCCGACCAGACUAGCAUUUGAUGUAUUUCAGAGACUCAUUUCAGUGUUUUCCUUCCAAUGGUGCCUUGCUUGGUACUGUUCUGGUGGUGACAUAGAAAUGGUCUGACAAAACCUUUGUGGUUUUGCCCUUUUGUGUUUUCAAUAGAAAUGUUUACCACUUCCCAUCACUGCUUCCAAACCAUAGGUCCUGUUUUAUCCUCAAGUCUUACCCUAAUCACCUGUCUUGCUUUGUACUUGAACACACCCUAAAACCGAGUAACAGAAAAGGAAACCCAUCUGCUUGCCUGAAACCUUGUACAAAUCAGCAGUUUUUGUUUCAUCCCUGUAUAAUUCUGAUUGAAAGUCUUUUAAUGGGAAAACAUCUUAGUGUGUCCUUAUUUUUUCCAUCAUGUGUUAAACAUUCCCAUAGUUAAAUUUAUCUGUUUGCUACAUGCUAGCUUAUCUGACAUCAAAGAGCUCACCUUUAUUUUAUAAUGAAAUCUUGUCAGCUGGUUCUGCAAAAGAUCUACCUUAUUCUUGGAAAUGUAAAUGAUUUUAUAUGGAAACAAAAUCAACAAAGGGUUUUGCAUGUUUUUGACCAUUGCUGAGGCUCAGGACCUUACAAUGCACUCUAGAAUGGAUAUCUUCUUUUUUCAGGUAGCUGCCAUAUUUAAUGGCUUUGUUGAUUAAUUUGUUUGCCUUGUUUACUUUUUUGUACAUAUGGGGGGGGUGUAAAAUAUCUUACAAAAACAGAUGUUUACUUUUUACCAGUAUAGUUUAGUGUAUAUACAGUAUUUACUGUAGUUAUGUAACAGUCAGCAAUACUGUCACAUAUUGGUCUAUUGCUAAGCUCAAGCAUGUCAAGCAUUUUGAUAUAUGAUAUAGUUAAAUAAUUUACCUUAAGCCAAAAACCCUACUGCCGAAUGUUUGUGUUUUGUUUUGUUUUUUCUCCCAGAUAACGUGUGAAAAAAUUAUGUUUUCAUCCCUCCAGGUUAGAUCAAUGUAUUUUUUGCUUUAUUUUUUGUAUGUUGGAUGUGUGGUAUUAACUUGGGUCAGGCCAGUAUUUAAUUAUUAUUUUUUUUUUAAAUAUAUUUUGUAACAAACACUAUCAGUUGUGCUUUAAAUAUGAAUUAUGAAACACCUUAAUGUGGGGGAGAGGUGUAUCUGUCGCAUUUUAUAUGAUGGAUUAUUUCUUCAAAAAGGUCAAUCCGGUAAUGUUCAUUCACUGUAAUAGUUUUAAGUAAACAUUUAAACUUUAUGCAACAAAACCCAUAUAUAUAUAUAUAUAUAUAUAUAUAUAUAUAUAUAUAUAUUCUUAAACUAUGAUCAUACAAAUAAGGAGCAUACAAAUAAAUCUAUGCUUAUUAUAAUUAAAAAAAAAAAAAACCCACAUAUCUGUUGGACAAGUAUUGUCCUUUAUUAUUAUCCAUACUUUCAUAUGUCUUGUUGAAACAUGUUUUAUGCUUAUAGGAUGUCAUUCGAGUUUAACUUUUUUUUUUUUUUUUUUUAAGCUUUACAACCUUAUUUAAAUGAUUCAUAAACUCUACAUUUUGUUGGAUAACUUGGCCUAAAUUAUAUGAUAAUUUCUUUACUUUUAAUAUAUUUGCUGGAUAGCUAUAUUCAGUUCUACAGACAAUUUCCUGUGACACUAGGGAUUGGUUCAUUUUGUCUUGACAAACCUUGGUAUAUCACUUAUCAAAUAUUGUUGCACCCCGAAGAUCUACUGCUCCAUGAAUUUAUAUAUAUAUAUAUAUAUAUAUAUAUAUAUAUAUAUAUAUAUAUAUAUAUAUGGCCGUCUAGUACUGGGGGAACUACGUCAAUGUGGCAUUCUUGCUCGGAUGGUGUGCUAUAAAUAUUGUAUGACCAAAAUGCGUCCUAAAAGUCUUAAUAAAAUACAUUGGUUUAAUGGGGUUACCAAAACCUUGAAUUUCCAAGUUUACGGUAUUCAAGUACUUCAAUAUAAGCUCUGCUGUUGUGCUUUACAGUAUACACUUGUGAAGCACAACACUUUUGGUUUAUGCCAACUUCAAUAUUUAAAUGAGAGGAACUCCAUUAAUCUUUAAGACCCUAUAAUGCAUAGAAAGUUUUUUGUUUUGUUUUUUCCGCAGCAUGUAUGAUACAUGAUACUGGAAUCCUAGUUUGAUGUACUGUAUUUGUUUUUUUCAAAUGUGUUCUACUUUAUCAAGGGUCCUGGCCCAAGGAUGAAAUGCAUUGUUGUAUGGUUCUUUUAAGAUUAUUUAUGUUGUAUCACCAGUAAUAAUAAAAAAAAAAAUUAAAAAAUC